UUUGACGGUGAGAACAUGUACAUGAGUAUGACAGAGCCAAGCCAGGACUAUGUGCCAGCCAGCCAGUCUUUUCCUGGUCCAAGUCUUGAAAGUGAAGAUUUUAACAUACCUCCAAUCACUCCUCCGUCAUUGCCUGACCAUUCACUGGUGCACUUGAAUGAAAUAGAGUCUGGAUAUCACUCUCUGUGUCAUCCAAUGAACCAUAAUGGCCUCCUUCCAUUCCACCCACAAAACAUGGAUUUACCUGAAAUUACCGUUUCCAACAUGCUUGGCCAAGAUGGGACACUGCUUUCCAAUUCGCUCUCUGUGAUGCAAGAUUUACGGAAUACAGAAGGAGCCCAGUAUAGUUCCCAUCCUCAGAUGGCAACCAUGAGGCCAAGGGUUCAACCUGCAGAUAUUAGGCAGCCAGGAAUGAUGCAGCACGGGCAGCUGACUACUAUUAACCAGUCCCAGCUCAGUGCACAGCUUGGUUUGAAUAUGGGUGGAAACAAUGUUCCUCACAACUCACCCUCUCCACCUGGAAGCAAAUCUGCAACUCCUUCACCAUCCAGUUCAGUCCAUGAAGAUGAAGGAGAAGAUAGCUCUAAGGUUAAUGGAGGAGAGAAGAGACCUGCUUCAGAUAUGGGAAAGAAACCCAAAACUCCUAAAAAGAAGAAGAAGAAGGACCCAAAUGAGCCACAGAAGCCUGUGUCUGCCUAUGCAUUAUUCUUCCGAGACACUCAAGCAGCCAUCAAGGGCCAAAACCCCAAUGCUACUUUUGGUGAAGUCUCUAAAAUUGUAGCUUCAAUGUGGGAUGGCUUAGGAGAAGAACAAAAACAGGUAUACAAAAAGAAAACUGAAGCUGCCAAAAAGGAAUAUCUGAAGCAGUUAGCUGCCUACAGAGCAAGUCUUGUAUCCAAGAGCUACAGUGAGCCUGUUGAUGUCAAAGCCUCCCCACAGCCUCAGAUGAUGAAUUCAAAGCAGUCAGUGUUUCAUGGGUCUGCCCAGACUCACUCUGCACUGUACCUCAGCUCCCACUACCACCAACAACCAGGAAUGAAUCCUCACAUCACUGCUAUGCAUGCCAAUAUCCCCAGGAACAUAGCACCCAAGCCCAACAACCAAAUGCCAGUGACUGUUUCCAUAGCAAACAUGGCUGUGUCCCCACCACCACCUCUUCAGAUCAGCCCUCCUCUGCACCAGCAUCUCAACAUCCAGCAACACCAGCCAAUUUCAAUGCAGCAGUCCAUUGGAAACCAGCUACCGAUGCAGGUCCAGUCUGCUUUGCAUUCACCUACAAUGCAGCAAGGAUUUACUCUUCAGCCUGAUUAUCAGAAUAUCAUCAAUCCAACAUCAACAGCUGCACAAGUUGUUACCCAAGCAAUGGAGUAUGUUCGUUCAGGGUGCAGAAAUCCUCCAGCACAGACUGUGGACUGGAAUAAUGACUACUGCAGUAACGGGGGCAUGCAGAGGGACAAAGCACUCUACCUUACCUGAAAAUCUGAAACACCUCUCCUUUCCACUGAGGAAUGCAGGGAAGUCUUUUCAUCAUGGAUUGCUUUAUGCAGUCAAGGCAGUUCUGCAUUUUAUUACAAAAUACAAGUUGCUAAGCACUUAGGACUAUCUGAGCUUGUGGGUCACCCACUCUGGAAAAAUAGUCUUGCUUCUUUCUUUUUCUUUCCCUCCCCCCAUUUUGUUUUCAUUCUUUCUUUCUGCUUUCCACCCCCACCCUGAGAUUCUGUAACGGACAUUGCUUUUCUUCUUCCCCGAAGGAAACUUGGACCAUUCAGAUUUUAUGUUGGUUUUUGCUGUGAAGUGCUGCGAUAGUAACUGCCUUAGCAACUGUAGAUGUCUCGGAUAAAAGUCCUGGAUUUUCCAUUGUUUUUUCAUAAUGGGUGUUUAUAUGAAACUACUAAAGACUUUUUAAAUGGCUUGAUGUAGCAGUCAUAGCAAGUUUGUAAAUAGCAUCUAUGUUACACUCUCCUAGAGUAUAAAAUGUGAAUGUUUUUGUAGCUAACUGUAAUUGAAACUGGCUCAUUCCAGUUUAUGAAUUUCACAAAAAGGGUUAAAUUGGCAAACAUUCAUAUUUUUACUUCAUUUUUAAACAACUGACUAAUAGUUCUAUAUUUUCAAACUAUUUGGAG